CGGGUCCCGGUUCGCGGCACAGCUCUUUAUAGUAAGGCCAACCGUCGCCCAAUGGUCGUUUUAGGUCCAUUCUAGUGCGAACUUCAACGCCUUCCCUAGAAAGCAUUCAUAGUUGCGCGUAGUCAGAAGAUAAUGAAUAUUUUAUAACCAUCGAAUAUGACUCGCCGUGAAAAAUGCCUGCGGAAAUAGCAAGCCUGUUAGAGCUCACGAUAGCAGACCGCCAAGUCAUCUCGAAGAAGCAGCUUCCUAAUGUGUCUGCAAGGGCGGUGAGUGGAUGCGACACAGCUGAUUCAAAAAGAACACAAUUGGCUAGGCAUCUAUGCAACGAGUUCCUUGCUGCAUUAGGAUAUGCCGGCCGCAUUUUGGGCUCGUCUUGUAGAUUGAAUAUGUAUGAGUUUGUUGGCUUCGGAGUGAACUUGCUGGUGGUGGUUGGUAGUUAGCGCUGACGAUAUCUUCUAGCCCCGACCUACCGCUCGAAUUAUAUUUAUACCCCUUCUAGGCGCGCCUUUCCUCUCAAACCUCAAAAAAAUUAUUAUUGUUGAUGAUUACUGAACACGGCCUGUUAACGACGAUGGACGACGAUGGACCGGGCGCCCUAGUACGCGACACUCAUGGAGUCGCUCUUCCGUCAAGAUAUGAAAUACGGCUGAUAACGCCCGACCUUGCCAACAAAAUACUAGCACUGAUUUAUUUUAACAAUUUUUUCGAGUCGUCCGUCUGGAGUGGCAUAUAUGAAGGGCAACUAGUGAAGAAGGCAUUGGAGACAUAUCAUGCCAGCAAGGCUUUCUACCAAAUGCCGGAGUUGGUGCCUAACAAUGGCCUCUCGUACUGCAUAUGGGAUAAGGAAUUCGUCUUCAAGAAGCCGGAGUCUGCUGCGGUCGGAGGCGCUUGUUACUGGGAUGACUUCGACUUGAAUGAUCCGGAUCUCGAGGUCAAUGGGAAACAGAAAUUACUCGAUGCGUUGGAUUUCCCGAUCGUUAGUUUCGGGUUGUCGAUUGAUAAAUUCGCGCCUGGUGAUAUGAGGGAAUGGGAGGCGUUGAUGAAAGUCUUACCUUUAAAUAAGGGUCUUAAGGAUUAUUAUGCAGCUCAUGAUCCACGCCCUAAAGGCUCGUGGGAGCCGACGGCAACGGGCCAGGUUAUUGACCGGGUCGGUACGGGUACGAGGGAGGCUUACCAAGGCCAAGGGAUUAUGAAGGCGUUGGCGAAGUUUAUCAUGCUUGAGAUGAAGGCUAGGGGAUAUCGCGCGAUUCAAAUCAGUUGUGGUGAUGCACGGGUUCAUCAUGUUUGGACUAAUCCUCCGCCACCGUUUCGUAGCUCGACUCUGGUAUCGCUUCCGAUGUGGUUCUAUGAGAUUGAGGAGGAUGGUAAGAAAAUUCGGCCUUAUGAGAAGUCGAAGGUUGCGAAUUUUUAUCAUGUAGGUGUUCUACAAAGAAUAGGAAGGUUGUAUAUGAUUAACUUGCAAUAGUGUGAUGACUAAUGAACAAACAGAGAAAGUAUGUUGUCACAAGAAUCGUUUCGUCGUGACAUUGUGUAAGACUCAGAUCACCGGUAUUAGAAAUAAAGAGUUGAAAAAGGA